AUGGAUGUAACAAACCUCCCGUUGUUGGUUAACACAUUUGUUUAUUUUGUUAUUUUUGUUUGUGGAUUUGCGAUUUCCAUACCAUUAGGAGUUUCACGUAUUAAUUCAGAGGGUUGUUUGCUAUACGCCACGCUCAAACCUCCCGGCUCAAGUAAUUAUAUGUAUUUUUUGGUAUUUAGCAACGAAUCCAACUGUGAAUUUCCGAUCUUUAGUGGUGUAAUAUUUUGCAUCCUUUACGCACUUGGGAUGGCGAUUUACAACUCAUGUACCAUUUAUAAAUCCCAGAAGGACCCAUCCAUUGCGUCCAAGAUGUGUGUGAUCCCAUUUAUAAUGCUUAACUCAUUGGUGACAAUUAUUAUGCUUGUCGCCUCCUGCAUGAUCAGUGUUGGUUUUAAAGAGAUUUGUGACUCUAUGACGAAAGGAAAAUACGAAUACUUUCCCAGUUGUAUAGAGGCAGAAAACCAGAAGCUUGUGAUACCGAUAACAAAGAAAAUAAGUUCUACAGGGCGCUUCUAUACCUUGAUAAAUGUUUCUCAGACUGCAUCAUGGAUUUGUACCAUUUGCUGGCUGAUUCUGGUUCUCUCUGGAAUUAUCCAGUUUGUACUCAAUAGGCGCCUGGAAACUCGGGAAAGUGCGGAAUCCGAUACAGGUAACAGAGCUCUCAUAGGACCGACGAAGUGGUGA